CGCCACGGGACUAAGCAGGAGCUUGUUGGUCGCGAGUUUCUUACGCAUUGUCCCCCAGACCUCCCACCGCGCCAUCGCGUCCUAGCCCUGCUUGGCACAACGGACAUAGGAGAUAUUGCCAGUCCAAGUGAAGAUGGGUGGUUUAUAUCAGAUUUCUACUUGUUCCAUUAUCUCUUAUCCCCGGCAUUCCCUCGACGUGCGUGUGUCCCGAUCCUGCUACUAUUUGCUCUCUGCUAAACGUACAAUUAUCACUAGCACCUAACCAAAUCUGGUUAACUUGUGAAGACCCCGGAACCCUAGUCGCCAAGUACCAUGAAUACCUCCAUGGCGAUUCAGAAGGUGACCAUCGGGCGGUGCUUGACAGCCAGAGGCUCCCAGGUAUAUUGGAGGCUGGAAAUUUACGGGUUGUGCCUAGAGACAUCCUUCUUGAGCAAUACCUAAACACUCUUCAAGAACAAGCUGCUGAGGCAGCCCUCCUUGGAGAACAGCUUGUGCUGUUAAUAUUCGGUCAUGGAACCUCGGAAUAUGGCGUUGAGGUUGGAGGGUCGAUCCUUCGUAUAGGCGACUUGUGCCGAGUGCUGCAAAACAGGUCCCAAGUUACCCUCUUCACCACCUCAUGUUACUCCGGUGGUUGGCUAGUGCUUCCCGAUAUAGGACAGCAGCAGCUCAACGCAACAGCAAUCGCAGCAGCAGGGCCGGACGAUAUGUCUUCAUCAUGGCCUCUCAGUGGAAGUGUUGGACGGGCCAGCGGCAGCUUAGCCGCCUCUGCAGUGCUGCGCUGUCUAGUAGACGCUGAGAAUGAAAUCAAACAGAAGAUGGAACACCUGACAUAUAUACAGCUUGCGAAGUCUGUAUAUGACUGUGUGAAGGGGAUGGGGAUGCUUGGUGAUACCCAGCAGAUUUAUUUCUCUGCGGAAAACGACGAAUGGGAGUUAAGCUAUCAAGCCCGCCUCGGUUUGCCGCUUGUGUCAUACAAGGAAAAAUGGCAGUCCCUACGCCAGGUUCCCCCAUCCACAUGCCCACCAAGUAGCCAGUUGGCUAGAACAGGCGGACGGCGACUCAAACGGCUACAAUAUCUCGCCCAUGAAUACUUUGCCUCUCAGCCCGGUGCCGACAAUGCCGGUCCGAACAUCGGCUUACACAAUUGUCUGAAACAGGUUCUCAAGGGAGCCAGCUACACUAAAGAAAAGGUGCAGGAAUUAACAGAAAUCACCGCGUACAGACUCGGAGCUAUGUAUGAGGCAGAUUACUUAAAAGAACAAAUAGGGCUCAAGUUCCCAUCGGUCUUCGAUACUGACCCAAGUCAGGCACUUGCUAAAAUGCCCAACAAACAGCUAAUCAUGAAAACAUGGUCAUCACUUCUCAGCUACGACAUCAAUACAACUCCUAUUGGGAUCAGGCGACCUUAUGUCAAGCCUCUGCAAUACCUUACACUCGCCCUGGUGGAAACCUCUCAGUCCUGGGAAGCAAUUGAGUGGCAGGUGAAGGCUAUGGCCAGCAAGAAAAAGGCAUGGUACCGAUUUAUCUAUAAGGCAUGGCAGGGGAAUCGAGUCGCUCAUGAUGAGGGUGUGAAGAAGAAUCAACGUGCUUUCUUGGAGGCAUUCAAGAAGAUCGGACAUUAGAGCACCUAGUCUACCUUUUCUCGCUCUUCUUCAUUUUAUUCCUAUUGAAAAAUUGGCUCUGUUGUCAAAUAUGAGGGCUGCGGCCCGGCAAGUCAUGAAUUUCCCUCCUAGCUAGCCGAUAGCUUCACAGUUUUAGGACAAUCCACCUUUAUCUUACCUAGCAAGUCUGCCGCUCGGGUGGAAAGGCGGCCGUUUCUGGCCUCAAAAGUGGUAAUUUUCGGCAUCAAUUCCCCAGGCCCUCAGAUUC